AUGAUGAUGGUCUUCUUCACCUCGACCGGGACACCACUAUACUCGAAUGCCUGGACACCUACGUCCACAGGACAAUACGCCGGAACGUGCAUCUUUCUCAUCGUUCUCGCGGUCGUCAUGCGAGGACUCAUCGCGUUGAGGUGCAGCUUUGAAUAUCUCUGGGAUCGAUCGGCUGGCAAACAGAACGUGGAUGCGCUGCGACGGAUGCCGACGAAUGUGAAGGAAGAUGUUGCGGCGCCACCGACAGCAGGGCAAAGGCGGCCGUGGAGGGUCAAUGAGGCUGCGGCGAGGGCGUGUCUCGAUGUGGUGUUGGCUGGUGUCAGCUACUUGCUCAUGCUGGCGGUAAUGACGAUGAACGUGGGAUACUUCAUGGCUGUCCUCGGAGGCGUGUUUCUCGGAAGCUUCAUCCUGGGAGGAAGAGUUGGAGGGCCUGUGACGCAUUGA